UAAAACGUAUAGCAUAUUUCUGAUUAUAUUCUUUGGUAAAAAGUCGUACACCAGUCUUAUUCUGUGGUUGUAAACUUUUGGACUGUGGGAAAACAAGAUUUAGAAAUCUUUGUUUUGAACUAUUUUUCAAUUUUCUAUUGAGUACCUACGUAAUUGUGAUCUUUCGUUAUCAAUGUCACUUAAUUAUUAUUAUAAAGCCUUAUACUUUGAUUGUCUUUUUGUAUUUAGUUAAUUAGUAAAACGCCUAGUGCCGUACAGUUUACACGGACAGUUUACACAAAACUUUUAUUCCAUAGAUAUCUGUCUGGUUAAAACAAUAUACGCGAUUUAUGCAGACUUUGUACUCAGUUCGGAAGCUACUUUGCAGUUUGAGAUAUACUAAUUUUCAUUUACUAGUCCAUUGUUCAAGUAAAAUUAUGUCUUUGGAACAAGCUAAGCAAGUGGCGGCAUACCGCGCGGUCGAUGAAUAUGUGAAGAACAACAGUAUUUUUGGCGUGGGAAGCGGUUCGACAGUGGUUUACGCAGUACAACGUUUAGCUGAGAGAGUUGAAACUGAGAAUCUCAGAGUAACCUGCAUACCAACCUCAUUCCAAGCGAAGCAGCUUAUUAUCAAACAUAACCUCAUACUGGGGGAGCUUGAGACGAAUCCAGAAAUAGAUGUCACCAUUGAUGGCGCUGAUGAAGUUGAUUUCCAAAUGACGUUGAUCAAAGGUGGUGGAGGCUGUUUGCUGCAAGAAAAAAUUGUAGCUGCAUGUUCUAAAACGCUUAUUGUCAUAGCAGAUUACACUAAGGACUCAAAGAAGUUAGGUGACCAGUACAAAAAAGGCAUACCUAUUGAAGUUAUUCCCAUGGCUUAUGUUCCUAUUAAGAAUAAAGUUAUAUCUAUGUUUGGUGGACAAAUUAAGUUACGCAAUGCUAUUGCAAAAGCGGGUCCUGUAGUUACUGAUAAUGGCAAUUUCAUCCUUGAUUGGAUAUUUUCUGAUCAAGAUUUGGACUGGGAAGUGGUGAACAAAUCUAUCAAAAUGAUUCCUGGUGUAGUAGAAACUGGACUAUUUGUAAGAAUGUGCAAAAAGGCAUACUUUGGCCAACCCGAAGGAACUGUUGUUGAGAGAAACAGUUCUUUCUUAUAAUGAUGAAAAAGUCAAAUUAUUAUGAUGAAAAAGUCAACCUAAAUGUGUAAAUAUUUAAUUAUAGUGCAUGUUAUAAUUAUGUUGAGAAAAUGUUGGAAUAUUAGCUUGCAAUGUUUCUGAAUUUUCCUUUUUUCCAAAAAAUUAAUAUGAAUUCAAAAUCUGUGUUAGACUUCCCAAAUAUAAGCUUUUAGACAUUGCCUGUGACAUAGUCCCUGUUAAUUUUAGUUUAUCCAAGUAUCCAUUACAGGGGUAACAAUUCAUACAUGGUUUUGCGUAACUUUAACCCUUUCCAUGCUUUGCUUCUAUUGGUUGUUGCAGGAUGUUAUAAGGCCUUCCUCAAUAAAAUGACUAUCCACACACAAAAAUAAUUUAUCAAUUUUUACCAAUAGUUGGAAGGUUUAGAGUUUUCAGCCAAACUAAGAAACAAACAAACUAUUGGCUCUAUAAUAUUAAUAAUUAUUAAUGUGAAAUAAAGUUAAGUUUGAGUACUAUUAGCAAAUAUUUUAAACCACCUAUAUAAUUGGUUUUUGAUUUUUCAAGUCAAAAUUUCCCUUAAAUAUGUAUUUAAAAAAAAAGUUUAUUCACUUAAGAGCACCAGUUAAAUUUUAAGAGCUUAUCUUGGAGAUUUUACACUAAUUAAGAUUUAAGUUUUAUGUGUGGCUACUAAUUGGGUAUGUAACAGUGGGUAGGUAAGCCAGACUCCAUAUUAAAAUUUUCAAACUCAUUUCUGAACUUAAAUUUAAUUGAACAAUUUUGUGUUGUAAACAAAAAAAAUGGAAAAUUACAAAAUCUGGGUGCUGAGGUACUUUGUAAUUUCUUCCAGUCUCAGCCUAUUUUAUUUAGGUUAGUUCCAGAUUUGAUAUACUAUUGAAAUAUAUUAAGUUUGUUCAUUGUUUAUAUUAUACAAUACGCAAAUUAUGUGCACAUGAAAUAGACUGCAAUAACACCUUUUUUAUUCAUUAUACUUAUACAAUAUUUUGUUUGAAAUAAUUUUAUAAGCUUACAUUCAAGUUUUUAUAGAAAAAGAUUAGCAAGAUGUACAUCAAUAGAAAAAUAUGUGAUCAAUAAUAACCAUGCCACUUAAAAUUAUUAGUAAAAGGUCUUAAAGCUGGAUUUAGUGGAGUUAUGCUAUCAUAAAUAUUUGCUUCAACUGAAGAUUCAAUAACAAAACAUUUUUCCAAUUCAAAAGUAGAUUUUACCAAGUAUUUGUUUUUUAGCUAUAGCUGCUUACAUCUAAAUACAUUUUUUAUAUACUAUAAUAUGAUUGUAGAUAACUUUUCAGAGGUUAUAGAUCAACUAAACAUUGGCUAGGUAACUACUGAUAUCUGUAUUAAAAAUAAAAUAUUUAGUCCUACAAACUUAUCUGGCCUGAUGUCAGUUGUGCUGUUAUCACAUGUUAAACAUCAGUAAGCACUUUAAUGGUAAGCCAAUUAACAUUUUGAUAUUGUAGCAGAAUUCCAAUUUUGGCUACUGAACUACACAAGUUUUUUUAAAGUAUAACUAACUAGGUAUUAACUGUUUGUUGAUGAAAUAAUUAUAUGUAUUUGUUGACUGGUUUUAAAAAUAGAAAACCAUGAUGAUGUUUUGUUCAUAUUUAAUGAGAAUGUGCAUUUUGAUUGUUGAGCGGACAUGGAUCUUUUCUAGUUUACUGUUCAAUUUGUGCUAUAGAUUAAGAAAAAUACAUGGAAUGUUUAUAUAAAUAAAUACUUUUUACAAAAAA